AGCCGCGGCGAGGGAAGUGUCUGGAUACCCAACAGCGUGCACGUGCCGAACACAUUUCGACGGAGAAGACGCUUUUUCUCCUCCAUCAUGUCUUGCAGAAGCGCUAGUUGGCUCAUCUGCGUCUUUAUGGCAGUAGCCAUAGCAGCUGACUACAGUGGCUUGAAGUCCACGACAGACUCGUCCACCGUGUCAGCAGUCGGUGAGGACGGGGUGACGGCGGCCGCGGACCUGGCUGACCUGCUGGACGCGAGUAGCGGUGCUGUGGUGACUCUGGUGGCGGGCGAGACGCGCCUGGUGGCGCACAGGGCUGUCCUCGCCGCCAGGUGCCCCGUGUUAGCCGCCAUUUUUGUCCACGACGCGCCGAAGGCCAGCGGCGGCGGCCAGGCCAGCGUCGCGGACGUGGAGGGCCCGGCGCUGCGCCACCUCGUGGCCUACUGCUACACCCUCCGGGCCCCCCAGCUGCGCGGCACGGCCCACCAGCUGCUGGCCGCCGCUGACAAGUUCGGCUUGCCAGCUCUCAAGUCUGCCUGCGAGCAGCAGGUGGCCGCGCAGCUGUCUGCGGAGACUGCGGCGGCUGCAGCUGUGGUCGCAGUCAGGCACGGCACUGACAGCCACAGGCAGGCCGUCGUGGCCUUCGUAAAGGCCCACCUGCUCCACGUGAUGGCCACCCGGGGUUGGGCAGAGGCGAUGCGAAGCCACCCCGAGGACUUGCUGGAAGUGAUUCGGCUGAUGUCUCGUCCGUCAAACGAGACCGACUCUCCAGCCACUGGAGACAGCAGGGCCACGGCGGCUACCAGCUCCAGCGAGAGCAGCAGCACUCCCAUGGCAACCGCGCCACCAGUGGAAGCCUACACCACUCCACCUCCUGGUGACGCUGAAGUCUCUCGCAUGAGCACUCCAGCCACUGAAGACAGCAGGGCGACGGCGGCCGGCACCUCCAGCGAGCAAAGCUGUACUCCCGUGGCAGCUGCACCACCAGCCUGCCCCACUCCACCACCUGCUGACGCUGAAGUCUCUCGCAUGAGCACUCCAGCCACUGAAGACAGCAGGGCGACGGCGGCCGGCACCUCCAGCGAGCAAAGCUGUACUCCCGUGGCAGCUGCACCACCAGCCUGCCCCACUCCACCACCUGCUGACGCUGAAGUCUCUCGCAUGAGGAGACUUUCGGGAAGAGAGAAGGGCAGGAGGCUGCUGGAAGCAGCUCAGCAGUCACGAAUGUCAGAAAUGCGAGCCGUGCUGGCUGCAGGUGCGGACGUGGGGGCGACGGACAGCGACGGUUGGACCGCCCUGCACUGGGUGGCAAGAAACGGACAGGUGGAGAUGGCCAAGUGUCUACUGGCUGCAGGGGCAGACGUCGAGGCCAGGGGGCAGUGGAAAUGGACCGCCCUGUUCUGGGCAGCACGACAGGGGCAGGUGGAGGUGGCGAAGGCUUUGCUUUCCGCAGGGGCUGACCUGGAGGCGAGGGACAUCUGGCAGAACACGCCCCUGUUCCUGGCUGCAAUGACUGGACACACGGCUGCCGUGCGCUUUCUGGUGGCGUCCUGUGCCGACCCCAACGCCACGGAUGCGAAUGCGACGACUCCGCUGCACUGGGCAGCGUACAAUGGGCACGCAGAUGCAGCAGCUGCACUGUUGGAGGCAGGCGCCGACAAGGGGGCCAGGAACAGCUCUGGGCGCACCCCUCAGGAUAAUGCCAGGAAAUGGAACGACCGGCAGCUGAUAAACAUGCUUAGCUGAAGCUGGCAC